AUGUCGAAGGAGAUUAUCCCCUACGCCGAGGCCAGCAAGGUCACACAGCUGGCGCCCGGCGUCUUCCUCGCCAAUCUUUCGGCCAACUUUUGCAUCGGCUCCGUCCCAAACGGCGGCUACGUCGCCUCGACCAUCAUCCGCGCCGCCGCCGAGCACCUCGCGUCGCGCGGCCAGACCGACUCGAUCACGAGCCACUUUGAGUUCAUCGACCGCACGGAGCCCGGCCCGGCCCUCAUCAUCCUCGAAGACGUCAAGCUCGGGCGCUCCGUCUCGACGCUGCACGCGACGCUGUACCAAAACGACCUGCAGCCGACCGCCCCCUUCAUCACGCCGCGCACCCGCAAGCUCCUCCUCUCGUACCUCACCAACGCCAGCCUCGCCCGCGAGCAGGGCCUCACCCUCGACACGCAGUGGACCCUCACGCCGCCGCCGGCUUGGUCGACUGCGCGCCUUACCCUGCUCGCGACAGAAGCCGUCCCGGGCAGUUCGAUGCGAUCAGCGUGCUUCUUCCCGACGACGGCCCCGCGCCGCGGCCAGGAGGACGUCUGGCUGCGUCUCGCGUCCGGCGAGCGCCUGACCAAUGCCGUGCUCGCCUACAUCGUCGACUCCAUGCCGUACCUCGUCGAGGGGUGGCGCCCCGCGGCCGACGAGCCGCAGACGCCGUAUCGCACCGAUGACGUCUGGUGGUAUCCCACGCUCGUCUUGAACCUCGACAUCAAGCGGGGGCUGCCUGCCGAGGGCGUCGAGUGGCUGUUCAUGAGGACCAUGGCGCGCGAGAUCCGCAACGGGCGGUUUGACCUCGAGGUGACGAUUCUGGAUGAGCAGGGGAACUUGGUGGCGUUGGCGAGUCACGUCAACAUGAUCCUCUCCAUGGCGAGGAAUAUGAAGAAGAGGACGGAGAAGCUGUAG